AUGCUGCAGCAGCUGCAGCAGCAGCAAAUUGCUGCUGAGCUUCUGUAUGACCAGCCUUCGGAGCAGCUGCAGCUGCUACCGCUGCUGCUGCGGCACCUCGUUGCUGCUACCUACUUUCCCGCUGCAGCAGCAGCCGCUGCUCCUGCUGCUGCUGCACCAGACGAGGCUGCUGCUGCAGCAGCAGAAGCAGCCGCAGAAGCAGCAGAUGCUGCUCCGCUCACGCAGGUCUACGACGCAGAUGCAGAUACAGCAGCAGCAGCAGCAGCAGAAGAAAGUGGCUCGCUGCUUGCUCUGCUGCUGCAGGAAUACCCACAGGAGAUGCAGCAGCUGCUGCAGCAGCAGCCGAAGGGGCACCUCCAGCUUUCGCAGCAGCUGCAGCUGCCUACUUGCUGUGCCGCUCCGCCGCUGCAAUCGUGGCUGCAGCAGCAGCAGCAGCAGCAGCAGCAGCGCGAGGACCUGAACCCACAGAAGGGCGCUGAGGUGUAUAGGGAGCUGACAGCCACCACAGAAUUGAUCCUUUACAGCUGCGGAGCUGGCAGCAGCCGCCGCCGCAGCAGCAACAGCAGCAGCCCUGGCAGCAGCAGCAGCAGCUGCUGCUGCAGCAGCGAAGCGAGCACGGUCGUCAGCAGCAGCGCCGCGCAGCGCCUCAGCCACCGCAGCAGCGACCGCAGCAGCAACAGCAGCAACCGCAGCAGCAGCAGCAACAGCAGCAACCGCAGCAGCAGCAGCAACAGCA